GCAGGUAUUAUAAUUCACCUUUAAUGAGACAGGACUGUGACUAUUUUCCAGCUGUUGUUUCAAAUUCAUUGAUAAGAAAACAAAAAGAGUAUACACGUCAGACAUAAACUUCGCAGGUUUUGACGCGGACGAAGAUAGUCAAACACACUGCGAUCAUGUUUUCGUUACGACUUUUUGUUUUCCAUCUGUUCACCAUGUGUGUAGUUUCUCAGCUACAGUCUGGCGACUUUGUCUCUAGAGAAGAAGUGGAGACCUUAAAAUCCAGAAUCCAGUCACUGGAAACACAGCUAAAGGCGAAACAAGAUCGCACACCCUUAAUUAGCUUCAGGGCGGGCUUUUCACAUGACCCAGCGCCACUGAAAUACAACAAUGGUCAAAACGUGAUCUUCGACAAAAUGUACCUCAACGAUGGCAAUGCGUACAGUCCACGCUCGGGAAUGUUUCGCGCGCCGGUUUCUGGACUAUAUUUAUUUACUCUGCAUGUUUUGCCUUCAUCGUCAGAAAUGGAAUUCAGAAUCGUUAAAGAAGGCAGUGCAAUAGCAUACGUGGUUGCUACACAUUCAGGAGGUACAGAAAGCAUCCAAACAGCGAUACACCUUCAUAAAAAUCAAGAGGUGUGGGUUGUGAAGGUGUACGGUGGCGAUACACUGCGUGGUAGUCUGUUGUCAACUUUCAGUGGCUUUCUUCUUAGAACUGAUGAUGGCAACUUUCACUCGUCAUCUGUGGUGGGAUAGAUGUAAUAUUGUACUAUCCAUUAUGUUUGAUUGUUUUGUUUUUUUGUCAUUCUGUAUGUAUAAGUUUUGU